AUGUGAUUAACCGCCUUAACGUGCUGCGAGGGAAGGGCAUGGCGGCCAUGUACUCCUGGUCCUGCAAGAGGAGCUACAAAAACGGCUUCGUGUGGCACGACAUCUCCGAGGACGAUCUGGUGCUCCCUGCACAAGGCAACGAGUACAUCCUCAAGGGCUCCGAGCUCCUGGACCGAUCGCCGCCUGAUCGGCAGCAGAAUGGCCCUAGCAACACCAAGGCCGAGAGUCCCAAGCACCCUCAACAAGAGUCUCCUCAGUCGCGAGGAUCGCAAGAAGGGUUCUCGUCAUCGUCAUCCCCAUCCCCAUCUGCUGUUAUCAAAGAGGCCUCACCUCCAACUCCUACUCAGCAACCACAACAGCUGGCGCACUCCACAUUUGUGCCAUCAUCAUCUGCUUCCACCAACCGCGAGGACGAGCAAUGCAGGACUACACAUUCUGGCUCAUCGGGGAACCUGUCCCCUGAACCAGUAGGAACUAACGUUCCAUUAUCAGAGGCAAGCUCCCCUGGACCUUCCGAGUACAGAGUCUGCAAACCCAUCGGAGCACAGGACGCGUCCACACAAACCGAUGACAGUGAGAGGGAUGUUCCUUCUAAACAUACCCGCGCUGCAGGAAUCCGUACAGAGGAUUGUGCAUCAGAUGCUGAAAUUCAAGAGUGUCAUGAAAGAAGCACGCAAGCAUCACCAAAGGUCCCUCUACUUAUUCGAGAAUCACCACAGGUGUGUUCAUCUGAUGCUUCUCCCGGUGGCAGAGUUGAGACAUUGGAGUCCCUGAUAAGGGCAGAGGCCAGUAGGAGGAGUAGCUAUAAUAAGGUACUAGAGGAAGAACAUCUCUAUGGCCCAAUGGGUGUGAAGCUGAAGCCAGCCAAUUUGCUCAUGCAGCUCAUCACCUGUGGGUCCAUCUCUGUGAAAGAUCACCGUGGCUUUGGACUCAUCCCAACAUACAGACCACGGUUUACUCAAGUUGAAUUCCCUUCUCCAAUGUUCUCUACUCCUAUGGCAUUGCGGCACCUUGACAAUGUUCCUUGUAGCACAAGAACAAUUGGAAUAAGAGUUUCUGAGUCAGAGCAUUUAAGUAGUGAAAGCUUGGUCGAGGAGAGUAAGCAGGAAGAGUCAGGGAGAGGAGAAAUACCCACACUCAAACGCUCAUCAUCUUACGACGAGGAUAGAGUGUAUAGAGCGCCAGACUCUAGAAGGGAUAUGGAAAGCUUGGCCGAGUCGGGUAGUUUCAGAUGUCUCCCACAGACUAUCAAAAUGAUAUCAUGUAAGCAAUCCAGAAGUGGAACAGCAUUCUCCCCCAACUCUGAUGUCAGGUACAGCUCUAGUCAACAAGAAUGUAGUACUGGAUCCUCACCACUUGGUUCAUCAAGAGGUGCAAGCAAUAGGAUGACUGACCCACUAGGUAAAUUAUCUUCAUCAAGGGGAGAGUCAUUCCAUGAGGAGAAGGACAAAAUGAUCAAGAUCGAAGAAAGGCUUGCUUCUGGAGCACGGGUUAUAAUCCAAUCUGCACCCUUGUGUGAAGAAAGUGAUGACAGCACCGAAUCACUGUAAGGGGUUGUGUUACAUUUUGCUGUGAACUUACCUUCUCUGGAAUUUGCUGCUUGUCUCGAAAUUGUUGGGUUGAAAGUGCAGUUCGAUUUUUUUUUUCAGCUGAGUUUGAUUCAUUUUGUAACCAAUGUGAAUGUGAUAGUCAUUAUUUUGUUACACCUUCAGGAAGAAUUUGUCACUCGAGAGAGUCCGUACAAUAUCUUACUCUGA